AUGGUAGAAUUCUACGCGCCAUGGUGCCCUGCUUGCAACGCCCUCUCUUCCGCUUGGAAGGAGCUCACGGAACGAGCAGCCCGCAGGCUGCUUCCGAUGAAGACGGCGGCUGUUGACGUCACAAAGUCGCCGGGGCUAAGCGGGCGAUUCGUGGUGACAGCCCUGCCCACUAUAUUCCACGUCAAGGAUGGUGAAUUCAGGCAGUACAAGGGCCCCAGGGACUCGGAAGCAAUGCUUUCCUACGUGGAGCAGGAGCGAUGGAAGAGCGUGGAGCCAAUAUCCGCUUGGAAAUCCCCUGAUUCUUUCCAGAUGAGCCUCGUGGCGUAUUUCUUCAAACUUAGCCAAUCCUUACGGAGUGUACACACUAUGCUAAUGGAAACCUACGGGCUGCCCACUUGGGGGUCAUAUCUCAUCUUUGCCCUGGUCACAAUAUUAGUUGGGGCCCUUCUUGGACUGAUCCUGGUCUGCGUCGUGGACUUACUGUACCCGCCUCAGCGCUCCGAGAAGGUGAUGGUCACGCGCGAGGAAGCCGAAAAGCUUAAGGCCCAAGCCAAAGCCGACAAGUCCGAUGAGGAAGAGGAGCUAAUCAACGACGACAUAGUCGACGACGCGGAGAAUUCCCAGAACAGCGAUGCCGAGAAGAACUCUCAGAGUAAUACGGAGGACGAGGCGCAACCGAAGGCCGAGGGCUCCGGCGACGACAAGCAGUGCGAGUUGGAAGAUGUAUGCGCUGUUGCGAAAGGUGUUGACAAUUGCUCAGCCCUUGAGAAACCUUUAGUUCCGUUUAUAAUCGACACCGCACUACGUACUUACGAGAUUAUA